GUGGUGGAGAAGCUGACAAAAGACGCCAAAUUGGAGAGCAGCGAGGCCAUGGCGGCGGUGGCGGCGGUGCGGUGGGUGCUGGAGCGCGCGGGCGGGGCGGGCGUGGGCGGCCCCGUCCUCGACUCGGAGCUGCAGCAACUCGGCCUGCCCAAGGAGCACGCGGCGGCGCUCACCAGGGUCUACUCGGAGCACCAGCCCCGCCUGCGCCAGGCCCUCAGGCAAGGCAGUCUCAAGGUGGGCGGCGAUCCCGAGUGGGCGUGCGACGUCGUGGGCGUGAACGUGGGCGGCCGGACCGAGGCGGUGGCUCAGCUGACCCUCGACCGCCACGGAGAGGAGAGCAAGGUCGCCCUCACGCCCGACCAGCUCCUCGUCCUCAUCCACGAGUUGAGCGAAGCCAGGCAGAUAAUGGAGGCAAUUAGUUGAUCUGGAGAAAGAAGUGGAAAGGGAAGAGAGGAGGAGGGAUGGAGAGGACAAGGAGGGCGAGAAACAAGAGAAAGAUGGAAGUAAGAAAAGAUAAGAAAGGAAGAAAGAGGAGCUGCCCAUGGGUGUGUCUGUGAAGGUCUGAUCUGCGAAAGAGAUAUUCGUCCGUAUUUCCGGUUUGGAGACAUGAUUUGUUCAUAAGCAGAAAUCCAAUCAAUUCAUGUGAUUUAUCUUAAUAAAUGUUUGGCUAGACGUG